AUGGAGAACAUCUGGCCCUGUGGAGCCCACCAGCUGUUGAUUGUGUCCCCUGAGGGUCAGAAGGGUUUUCCUGGCUAUUCGGAGUCCCCAGACCUGGAGUUUGAAUAUGCAGACACUGAUAAAUGGGCAGCAGAGCUCUCUGAGCUGUACAGCUACACAGAGGGGCCAGAAUUCCUGCUCAACCGCAGAUGCUUCGAGGAGGAUUUCAGGAUCCAUGUGAGGGACCAGAAAUGGACCGAGCUGGACAAGAACCAGCACCGCACCCACGCCAUGAGGCUGCUGGAUGGGCUGGAGGUCACGGCGCGGGAGAAGAGGCUGAGGGUUGCCCGAGCCAUCCUUUAUGUUGCCCAAGGCACGUUUGGGGAGUGCAGCUCCGAGGCUGAGGUGCAGGCCUGGAUGAGGUACAACAUCUUCCUCUUGCUGGAAGUGGGAACCUUCAAUGCUUUGGUGGAGCUGCUCAACAUGGAGAUUGAUAACAGUGCAGCCUGCAGCAGCGCCGUGAGGAAACCGGCCAUCUCCCUGGCUGACAGCACGGACCUGAGGGUGUUGCUGAACAUCAUGUACCUGAUCGUGGAGACUGUUCGGCAGGAGGCUGAGGGGGACAAACCUGAGUGGAAGAGCAUGAGACAGACCUUCAGAGCAGAGCUGGGAGCCCCCCUGUACAACAACGAGCCCUUCUCUGUUAUGCUCUUUGGGAUGGUGACCAAGUUCUGCAGUGGCCACGCUCCACAUUUCCCCAUGAAGAAGGUUCUGCUCUUGCUCUGGAAGACUGUGCUGUGCACCCUGGGGGGGUUUGAGGAGCUGCAGAGCAUGAAAGCAGAGAAGAGGGAGAUCCUGGGCCUGCCCCCUCUGCCCGAGGACAGCAUCAAGGUGAUCCGCAACAUGCGGGCAGCGUCGCCCCCUGCCUCUGCCUCCGACCUCAUCGAGCAGCAGCAGAAGAGAGGCCGGAGGGAACACAAGGCUCUGAUUAAGCAGGACAACCUGGAUGCCUUCAACGAGCGGGACCCUUACAAAGCUGAUGACUCCCGUGAGGAAGAAGAGGAGAAUGAUGAUGACAACAGCCUGGAGGGAGAGACCUUCCCCCUGGAACGGGAUGAAGUGAUGCCUCCCCCCAUCCAGCACCCCCCCAGUGACCGCAUCACCUGCCCGAAGGGGCUGCCCUGGGCCCCCAAGGUCAGAGAGAAGGACAUUGAGAUGUUCCUGGAGUCCAGUCGCAGCAAGUUCAUCGGCUACACGCUGGGCAGUGACACCAACACCGUGGUGGGCUUGCCCAGGCCCAUCCACGAGAGCAUCCGAACUCUGAAGCUGCACAAGUACACGUCGAUCGCAGAGGUGCAGGUGCACAUGGAGGAGGAGUUUCUGCGCUCCCCGCUAUCUGGGGGGGAAGAAGAAGUGGAGCAAGUUCCUGCAGAGAUUCUGUACCAGGGCCUGCUGCCCAGCCUGCCCCAGUACAUGAUUGCUCUGCUGAAGAUCCUCCUGGCUGCAGCCCCCACCUCCAAAGCCAAGACUGAUUCCAUCAACAUCCUGGCAGAUGUCUUGCCGGAGGAGAUGCCGACCACAGUGUUGCAGAGCAUGAAGCUGGGGGUGGACGUCAACCGGCACAAGGAGAUCAUCGUCAAAGCCAUUUCUGCCGUGCUGCUCCUCCUGCUCAAGCACUUCAAGCUCAAUCACAUCUACCAGUUUGAGUACAUGGCCCAGCAUCUGGUCUUUGCCAACUGCAUCCCGCUCAUUCUGAAGUUCUUCAACCAGAACAUCAUGUCCUACAUCACUGCCAAGAACAGCAUCUCUGUCCUGGACUACCCGUACUGCGUGGUGCACGAGCUGCCUGAGCUGACAGCAGAGAGCCUGGAAGCUGGAGACAACAACCAGUUCUGCUGGAGGAACCUCUUCUCCUGCAUCAACCUCCUGCGCAUCCUGAACAAGCUGACCAAGUGGAAACACUCCCGCACCAUGAUGCUGGUGGUGUUCAAGUCUGCACCCAUCCUGAAGCGGGCGCUGAAGGUGAAGCAGGCCAUGAUGCAGCUCUAUGUCCUGAAGCUCCUCAAGGUCCAGACCAAGUACCUGGGCAGGCAGUGGAGGAAGAGCAACAUGAAGACCAUGUCAGCCAUCUACCAGAAGGUCCGGCACCGCCUCAACGAUGACUGGGCCUAUGGCAAUGACCUGGAUGCUCGUCCCUGGGAUUUCCAGGCUGAGGAGUGUGCCCUUCGUGCCAGCAUCGAGCGCUUCAACUCCCGGCGCUAUGACCGAGCCCACAGCAAUCCUGAUUUUCUGCCCGUGGACAACUGCCUGCAGAGUGUGCUGGGCCAACGUGUGGACCUGCCUGAGGACUUCCAGGUCAACUAUGACCUGUGGCUGGAGAGGGAGGUCUUCUCCAGACCCAUCUCCUGGGAGGAGUUGCUACAGUGA